UCGAGAUUUUGAUUUAAUUUAACGAUAAGAUACGUUUGUAAUUGUUAAAAAUUAUGUGAUAUUUAUAAAGAAGUAAUUAUAGAAUUUAUUAUAAUUCUACAGGUAUCAUGGUGCGUAAUGGAUUUUUAUCACCAGCGGAAUCUGGUAAAUUUAUAAAUACUCGAGCGCAACACGUUCACAUUGACGAGGCUGGUUUAGAAAAACUUUGUAAUGAGGUGUUCUCAUCUUUGAAAGAUAAUAAACUGCAAAUACCAGAUGCAGGAGCAGACUCAAUUCAUCCCAAUAAAGAUCAUCCACAUGCAGUUGACUGGAUAUUUGUUACGGAUUCUUUGAACUUCUGUUUUUGGUCACAGAGUAAGGAAACACAGUGGACUGUUAAUGGAUAUACUGGCUACUUUGCUUUAGAAGCAGCAUUACAUAGAGCUUUAAAGGAAGGACAUGACAUCACUAAUCCUGAAUAUUACUCAAAGUUGACUGAACAACAACUAUCACACAUCUUGAGAGGUGACACCAGUGCCAAAAUACCGUUGUUCAAUGAACGAAUAUCUGUCCUACAUGAAGUUGGAAGUAUAUUGAUAGAAAAAUAUGAUGGAUCAUUUUUGAACUGUGUGAAAGAAGCUAAUAAAUCUGCAUUUAAGCUAUUGGAGAUUGUUGUGAAUAAUUUUCCAUGUUUUCGGGAUGAAGCCAUGUACAAGAAACAAGGAGUUUCAUUCUACAAAAGGGCCCAAAUAUUAGUAGCAGACUUGUGGAAUUUCUUUGAUGGUACAAGAUGGGGAGAAUUUAGAGAUAUAGACAAAAUGACAAUGUUUGCCGAUUACAGAGUGCCACAAGUUCUGGUUUAUUUUGGAGUUUUGAGUUACAGUAAUGAGCUGAUGGAGAAAUUAAAAAUUGAUGAUAACAUUCCAAGUGGAUCAGAAGAAGAAAUAGAAAUACGAGGGUGUUCAAUACAUGCCGUUGAAUUACUCAAAAUGAAGUUACAGGAACUGAUAAAAAAAACUGGUCUAAAUUUUGAAGUUCCUAAUUCAAGCCUCAUUGAUUAUUAUCUGUGGUGCUACAGACGGAAACAUGCUAAAAAAUUGGAAGUAGUUCCCUAUCACAAAACCUUAGGAAUAUUUUAUUGAUUAUCUGUGAUUAUUUAUAAUGUUGAAAUUUUUAGUUUUGUUAUUUACUGUUAAGUAUUUAUGUUUGUCGAUAUUAUGAAUAAUUAAAAAUAGUAUCAACAAAGUAUAUGCAGUAUUUGGAAAUAAAACAACUUAUAUUUA